CUCAUUUUUUCCAUUUCGUUCAGGAUAUCGAUAACAUAAAUAAAUUUGUUAUCAUAAUUCAUAGUUCUACCAUGGACAGCUCCACAUCGACACAUAGCCAUCCAAUUGAGUUGCAAGUUUAUUGCGAGCCGAGUGAUUUCUGCGUUGAAGUGUUGACGACGACGGCACCAACUGGCAGCUACGGCGACGGAGAUGGCAGCUACGACCUAUUGAAACAGGGAAAACUGUGGUCGGCUACGUUCGAUACGGAGGCUUCUUUCAUCGAAUAUAAUGCUGGUAAAAGCCAGGAUCCUCAUCGAAUUCACGAGCUGAACGAUAUUGCUUCCUACGAUGAAAGGGAGUGCCUUCUUUGGUGCRCCGAUUCGGACCCUUCCGCGAACAGUUUUGAUCACCUGGACGAAGUCUUCUGCAUGUAUCCUGAGAGAGAAUGGACCCUGCGAAUCAGAGGAAUUGCGUCAUCGUCGGGAAAUUCCGUGGCGGAAUCGCUGUAUCGGCGUAUCAGAAACAAAGGCGAGAACGCUAGUGUGAAGGGCAAGCUCAAGAGGCUUCGUGGCAAAAAGGGACGAAACACCGGUUCGGAUUCCUUAGARGYCAUAAAAGCCAAACGAGUCGGUCUUCUUUUCACCGGAAUCAYGAGAUAGAUUCUAUUCGAUCAGCCAAUGAAAGGGUCUGGCGUGAAAGAACGAAUCGGGGUGCGACACCAUGCACUGGACAAAUUUAUUACAAGUUGUGCGUGCGGCUUGSAUAAAUCGAAAGCUAUGAAUCAAGAACAAAAUCAUAUUGAAUAAUAAUACAAAGAGCGACGCUCAAAAAUAAUUUAUAAAUUGAAAU